AUGUUAGCUUUCGGUAUAACCAUUGGAGAAUCUAGUAAUAUUUCAUCGAAAAAUAUAAAUGAUAUGCAGAUGUUGUUAUCAAGCUUCGUUGAUAAUUUUCCUUAUCCAGAACGAUAUGUUGUCCAAAAUAUCCAUUGUGCUAAGCACUUUGUAACAACAAUAGAAGAUUUUGGUCCCUAUUCAAUUAUAGUACUUUCAAUUAUGAAAGCACCAUUGGUAAUAUCCUGUCUGAGCGAUGAUUCUCAUUGAAUUUUUCUGCUUUGUCCUCUCUACAGGAUAUUUAUCAGCAUCAGUUCAUGGUACAAAACGACUUGCUACUGAACUUAUGUUAAACCUUCAAUUAUUUAAACAAAGUUAUUUUGCAUCAAAACAUCAUUGUUCAACGUCUCUGGUUUCACCAUUUAUAGAAUACUUAUGUGAUAGAAAAAAAUACCGUCCUCAUGAAAAACUAUCUGAUGAAAAAAUUACAAAAGAUGAUUUUGAUUUAUUGUUUCAAGCGGUUCCAAAGGACUGCUUGAUAAAAUCCAUGAAAUUCGGUAAGUUUAAUUGCUAUUAUUUAUCAUCAACUAUAAUUAAGCGUAUAGAAAUAUGAAUGAACAGAUUCAUUAAUUCAAAAUUUUACACGUCUUUAGUGACCCUAAACAAUAUAACUUUUUCAACAAAAAACACUUCGAAAUCGAAAACAUUUACAGAUGCAUCAAUUGUUUAUAAACAUCUUAAUAAAUUACAUUAUGGCAUAAUCCAAAAGAUAUUUUACGUCGAACAAGAAAGAAAGUGUUUAUUAAAAAUACAACCAUUACAGAAUACUUAUUACGACAGUUUAAAUCUUUAUGGUAAAGUCUUUGUUAAUGAAAAUGUAAUAUUCGGUACUUUAUCUCAAAACGAAUUUGAUUUAAUACCAUUAAUAAGUGUUAUCGAGAAAGCGUGUUAUUACAAAAGAAAUGAACUAUGUUACUUUGCUCGUUAUCCAAACUUUUUUGAGUCCUCCUAGAAGUUUCUUUUUUCAUAAUACUAUUCCAUGUGUUUUUCUGUAACUUCUUAUUAAAUAAAUUGAUCUUACUCUUAAUCAGUUGAACUAACCCAAUUUGUUGUAAUAAUCACUUUACGUGAAUUUCGUAGAAAAAUUCAAGCAAAUUUUCGCAUGAUAUUUUCGCUUCGAUUGUUCUUUAAAGCGAAGAAAUGGUAUGAAACAUUUAUUCCUCAAACUGUUUGAUACCGAUAAAUACAAUUUAUUCACAAUGAUGUCACGGCACAGAAAAUCGCUAGAAAACUUUUUAAUACCGUGGUUGCACAUGAUUAGACCGCGGUUUUCGGAAACAGAUGACUACCGCAAUUAUUAUAUACCGCUAUGGUUUGCUUUCAUACCGCGGUAUGUGGAGCCAGUAACUAUCGCGAUAUUCAAUACCGCGGUUGUACAUGAUUAAACCGCAGUUUUCGAAACCGCUGGAUUUAUUACCGCAAUAAAUGAUGAUUAUACCGCAGUUUUAGAAAACCGCUCAAUACCGCGAUGUUUACCACCGCGGUUCCUAAUGACUAUACCGCGGUUUUUGAAACCCCUGAAUACUGUGGUAUUUAUUACCGCAGUUUUUAAAACCACUCAGUACCGCCCUACUUACCACCGGGGUUACUGAUGAAUAGACCGCGGUUUAAAAAACCACUCAAUACCGCGGUAUUUAUCAUCCCGGUUACUGAUGACUAUACCGCGGUUUUGAAAACUGUUGAAUAUCGUGCUAUGAAAUACCGCGGUUUCCAAUUACUAUACCGCGACUUUUUGGACCGUUGAAUACCGCGGUAUUUAGAACCGCGAUUAUGAAUACGAGCAACGCGGUUUCAGAAAACCGCGGUUCAAAAAAAACGCUACCAACCGCGGUUAUCCAAUACAAACCGCGGUCGAAUGAAAAAAACCGCGGUUUCGAGCGGUUUUUCGAAAAAAUUUUUCCCGUGGGGAGAACAUAGGAGUAUAAGACAUAUAUACAAACCGUUCAACUAAAAUAAUCUGAUGAUAUAAAUGUUUAUUCUACUGUCAUUUAGAGUCUCGCGUAAACUUACUAAAUUAGAUUUUCAGUUUCCAUUCUACUGAAUUGAAAAUUAUUAUUUCUUUGGUGCC